AUGGGAGAUCAGCCGGUGCCGGCGGGUGCGCCAGCGUGGCAGUCGCAGUCGCCGCCGCCGCCGCUGCAGGACGUCUCUCAGGUUCCGCCGCUUAUGUUUUAUGACCCGGCGUCUGUGCUGUGUGCGCCGGUGACGCCGCAGCAAGUGCUUGCCUUCAAUCCCCGUGAGCGGGGUCCACCCACGCGCACCAUGCCGGACGGAAGCGAGUACUACGGUGACCUGCUGCUUGAGCAGCCGCACGGCCUCGGGAUCAUGCUCUUCAAGUCCUCCUCAAACUUUUACGGCAAUGGCGACCGAUACGGCGGGGGGUGGAAGAAUGGUUUGUUUCACGGCGAGGGCGUUUUUCUGACCUCCUCCUUCACCUACCAGGGCGGCUGGUUCGAGGGGCAGAUGCACGGGAGCGGGGUAAUGACGUACAGUCGCCGCAUUACGGACUUUGUGCUACGCGGCAUGUCUGUCUUCUCAGCCUUUGAUAAGGCGCAUGCGCCACUGGAGUACAGGGGGGAGUUUCAUUAUAGGUACCAUCGCCACGGGCGUGGCGUGAUGCGGUACGCAAAUGGCGACACCUACGACGGUGACUGGGCGUCAAACCUUCGCCACGGUCGCGGGCGCCUCACCACCGCGGACGGCGAGAUAUACGAGGGUCAGUGGAGCAAAGACGAGCGUCACGGGAAUGGGAAAAUCAGUUACGUGAAUGGGGGAGAGUUUAAGGGGGCCAUGGUGCACGACAAGCGCCACGGCGAGGGGGUGAUGCUGUUCCCCAACGGGGACGAGUACUACGGCACGUUUACGAGUGACAAGAUUGAGGGACACGGCACCAUGCGGUACAAAAACGGCGACGUCUACGAGGGAAUGUGGAAGGACGGCCUGCGACACGGUGAUGGGAAGUACACGCUGCGGAAGAAGGGCGCCACGGUCGAGGGGCGCUUUGUGAAGGGGCUUAUCCAGGGCAGAGGCGUGGUGCAGUACCCGGGUGUGUCGACCUUUGUGGGGGAGUUUGAGCGGGGCGAGCGGCGGCAGGGGACGCUUUUCUGGCACGACUCCGCCCCUGGAGAGGGGGCCUGCUACCAGGGGGAGUGGCUUGGCGAGACGAUGCACAACCGGGGGUUGCUGUGGUACCGCAACGGAGACUUUUACUUUGGACGAUUUGUAAAGAACAAACGGCACGGACCAGGCAACCUGCGCUACGCAGAUGGCGGGGAGUACAGCGGCUGCUUCGUCAAUGAUCUGCGGGAGGGGCAAGGCAUUCUACAGAGCGCCACUGGAUCCAUCCAGGCGGGGAUGUGGCACAACGACGUCUUUAUUGAGGGCUACGACGGCGAGUGGGACGGGGUGACGUUUAACGGCAUAGGGCAUCUGCUGCUUCGGGAGCCGCCCACGUGCGUGACGGCCGGGAACAGCGCCGGCACCCCCGCCAUGUCCGUUAGCGGCGGCAGGGGGGAUGGUAGCCCAACGGCCGCCGCCGCCGCUGCUGCCGCCGCCCUCACAGGCACGCAGCCGCUGUUUGAGCACUUUGGCCUCUUUCGCCACGGCGUACGCCACGGUGCCGGUGUGCUUCGGCUUGCCAGGCACGUUAUCAUGGGGAGUUGGACACAGGAUGUCUUGUCGUGCGAAGCAGGGUCGUGGGAGUUUCCCUCCGGCGACGUGUACAUAGGUGGCUUUCAAGGCGGCCUCCGGGACGGGCCCAAUGGUCAGAUGUGGCUCACGGACGGCUCCUUUUUUGCGGGGGACUGGCAUCUCGACGCCCCGGUGGGAAUUGGGGCGUUUUACGCAACCGACAAACGCGAGCCCAUUUACGCCCCAGAGGAAGACGCCGACGCCGACGCCGGCACCGGCACCGACGCUGACGCCGCCGCGGAAGCAGAUGCCACGAGCAGCGGCAGUUACCUGGGCGUGAUGGGCCGCCUCAUCGGCCUCUUCCGUCGAAAGGCGUUGCCGGAGCACAAGGACACCCGACGUGUCAUUGGCUUCCGCGAGCACUUUGUGCUGCAGGGCGAGUGGGAUAUUUCUCUGCUUCCCUACGCCACGUAUCAGGCGCUCAUGGCACGCCUUGGGAGUAGUUCCGGCUCGACGGCUCACGGCGCAAGUGGCAGUAGCAGCGGGAGCAACAGCGGCGGCGGCGGUGGUGGUGCCGUGGCGGUGGCGGCAGGUGCGUUGCAGGCGGGCCCCGGCAAUGGCGGUGGGGCAACCGCGUUGCUUAAGCCCCCUGCGGUGAUUCCGGUGGGGGUGCAAGAGCGCCAUGGGCGCGUCUUCUUCAAGUCGGGUGUCUGCCUGCGCACGGUGUGGCUGCAUAACCACCCGCGUCUGAUGCUCCCGCACCGGCCUGACGCCCCCAUGCACGACAAGAUCCGCGGUGCGGUGGUGACGACGGACGGCGGCGCGGGCUCAAAGAACUGCGUCUUUUGUGACAAACCCUUCACCUUCUUCCGCAAGGAGACGAGCUGCACGCUUUGUGAGCGGCGAAGCUGCAGCUCCUGCCUACACCCCAUCGAGGUCCGUGGUCGCCCAAAAAUUGAGGCCCUUGUGCGGUUGCGGAUGAGUGAAAGCGUGGUUGUUAGUGGAAGCAACACCACCACCAACGCAGCCGCCGCCGCAGGUGACGCAUUUACCGUGCCUGCGCAAAUGCCUGCAUGCGUGGACUGCGCACGAGCGGCGAUGCUGGGCCUGGAGUUUAAUUCCAUCUGGAUACCGAUGCGCUGCCUUGCCACCCCAGAGUCCUCCACGGCAGCAACCACGGCGCCGCAGGAGGAGGCGACGGCGGCGGCGGCCUCCUCUUCUGGCACCCUCGACAAGGAAGAGGCUUCGCUGCCGCAAUUCUUCUCCUCCUCCUACUCAUCCUCUUCCCCUUCCCCGGAGACGCCAUAUAUCGUGUAUGAGGGGUACACGUGCAAUUGCAUUCCACACAUCUACGGUUCGUUGUGGUGGGGAAAGCAGGGCUAUUACCUGGGUGCCUUUCACGAGGGCCACCGCCACGGCAGGGGCGUGCAGAUGAUGGAGAAUGGCGAAAAGUACGUGGGGGAAUUUGCAAACGAUGAGUGGCAUGGUACGGGGAUUUACUGCGCGGAGUCCGGCUCCGCCUACGAGGGAGUCUGGCAGCACGGGAAACUCACUGCGCUGCGCUACCACGGCGAGCUAGACGAGCAGCAGCGCCACCACGGCCGAGGGGAAUCGUACGAGCUUGACGGUAGCCGCUACAACGGGGAGUGGCAGCAUGGAGAGUGGCACGGUACGGGGAUUUUGCAAAGGAAAGAUGGCGUUGUAUAUAGUGGAGAUUUUGCGUUUGGUCGCAUUGAAGGUGAAGGUAAGCUUUUGAUGGCGACCAGCGUCUUCUACGGCAGUUUCCGCGGCGGUAAAAAGCAGGGAAAGGGAAGUGAACACUUUGGGGACUGUGUUAUUGAGGGCGAGUGGAGCGACGACAUGUUGACUGGAUUUGUACGCAUCUACGACGCCCUCACGGAGACCGUGUACGAGACGACGUACCACAAUGGCAAUGAACGCGACGACUGCUUUCUGCCGCCCGUCAUGGUGAACGACGUCCACUGUCAGUGCUGUGCCCAGUGUCAGGCGAACUUCUCACUCUUUCUCCGCCGGCACCACUGUCGCUUGUGCGGGGAGGUGGUCUGUGACCGGUGCUCGCAACGCCGGGCGGCGAUGCCGUUGCACUUCAAGGUGGAGGGGCAGGUGCGUGUGUGUGACCGCUGCUACCGCCGCAUGGAGGAGCGCCGAAUGCUGGGGAUCAGGCGGUACACAAAUGGGGAGGUCUACGCCGGGUAUUGGACGCGGGGACGGUGGGUGUCGCGUGGACUCCUGCGCCGGGCAGACGGCAGCGCCGUCGUCAUGGACCUCGCCGGUCGUCCGCUGGUGGCGGGAGAAGCCGCCGCCGCCGCCGCCGCCGCCGCCGCGGCAAACGCGGAGGACGCGCGGGAGCUGCCGCUGGACGCCUCCCCCGCCGUGGAGGAGCUUCGCGGGCUUCCGCCGUCGCCCACGGCGGAGGUGGAUGCCUUCACGCUGUGGUGGGGCAUGGUGCUCUCCGUGGCGCAGCUCAGCCUGCCGCUGGAGCUGACGCCGUGCGAAGCCUUUCUGCUCCCGCGCACGCCCCCGAUGAAGCCGCUGCGGCUCUUCGCCAGGGACGACGCCAGGAGCGGCGGGGAGGACAACGACUACGACGACGCGGCGGCGGUGCGGGCGGCGCGGUAUAUUCCCUCCAUUGCGCCGCCCGCGCCGUCGCUUCCCUCCCGGUCGUCGGAGGCGGCCAUGCUGGCAUCGGCGCCGCCGCAGCGGCCGAUGGUCAGCGACUCCCACAUCAUGCGUCUCGUGACGGAUGGCCGGAUGGAGAUGUUCCCCGCCGUUGCCCCGCCCGCGCCGGACGGAAGCGGCGUUGUGAUGCUUUCCUGCUACCAGCGUGCGCCGCUCCUGCCGCCCACCCCGCCGCGGCCGGCGCCCGGCAGCAACGACCGCAUCCCGUGGGAUUGCUGGCAGACGCGGCCGGUGCCGCAGUACCGCAGCAAUGUGGAGCCAAACACGCGGCGCGGGGUGGCGGAGUGGCAGCAUGUGGCUUUCGCGUGUCCAUUUUUGCGUCCUGACGUCGAGGACGUGGAUCGUGUCGUGCGGGGUGGCGCCACGACGUGCUGGUUGCCUAAACCCCCCGCCGGUCCGCAGGUUUUUAUAGUGCACGACACGAGCGCCGGCGGCGUCAGUGUGGUGCAGAGGGCGCUCCAAUCGCACACUGCAUCAUGA